AUGGAAAGCAAUUCGGAAUCCUCUCAGCCAGUUGACCAAGGACUUUACACUCCUAAGCGUCUUCGAGGCAGAGCAAAUUCCAAUUACCUAAGCCAAAGCAGUCAAAAAAACGCUUACAGAAAACCAGGCAAUCGGGCAGCAGCACCAAAAGAAAGGCCUAAAAGAGUUUGGAAGAAAGUUUCCAAGCGUGUUUAUAACUUUGACCAAAUUCUUCUUGCUAGAGAUCACGAGUCCUCAAUCGUCAAAAGCGAUGCACUUUUAAAAAUCUUAGAGCGUAAGAUUAAAAUUAUAGACCCUAAUUGGCGAUCUAUCCCACAAAAACUGAAAUCUAGCAACGAUGAAUUAACAAAAAACUUUAAAUCACUUUUAAACAGACUGGCUCCAACAAAUGCGGAGUCAAUUCAAACAAAACUUUUAGCCUUACUUACUCCCGAAUCAUCAGAAAGCCUCAGCCUCUUAAUUUUAGAGAAAGCUUCUGUUGAAGGAAAAUACUCAGAAACGUAUGCUAAGCUAUGCGUAAACCUCUGCAGAGAAGUAUCAUAUUUCAGGAAUACUCUUCUUACAGCUUGCCAAUUUAUGUUCGAAAACUCACAUGAAAAUGGGGAAUUUUCUGAUCGGAAAAAAGUCUUAGGCUGUAUCAGAUUUAUUGGGGAGCUAUUUAAAGCAAGAUUAAUUCCACCAAAGAUUAUUUGCAGCUGUUGCAAUUAUAUGUUUUCUAUUGGCACAGAAGAUACAAUUGAAGCUUUAGGCCAUAUUUAUUGCUCAUAUUUAAAAUAGUCUUUAUUUAUUUUCCUAAAACUUUGAAAUAUGGCUUUAUUUCCUUUAAAGCUUUUGCAGAAAUAUAUUAAGAAUUUCCAAUUUAAUAGGAUGAAGCUUUAUGCUACCUACUAAGUGUAUGCAAUGCACUGUUUAGUAACUCAAGAUAUAAAGAAACUUUUCACUCUUAUAUUGUAAAAUUGCAAGAACUUGCAAAAACUUUAAGUUCCAGAUUGAGAUUUCAAGUACUUGACUUAACUGAAAAUCAAGAAAUUAAGACACUGGCGAUUCAGAAAGCUGAUGCACCAAAAAUGAUUUCAAAAUAA